AUGAAGUGGUCCAGCUUCUCUCUCCUCGGACUCCUCGCCGUCGCCGUACAGGCCGGUCCCCAGUCCACUUGCAAAUGCUACCCUGGCGAGUCUUGCUGGCCCUCGCAGGGCAAAUGGAAUCAGCUCUCCGCCGAAGUGGGCGGUAGGCUCUCUGUUGAGCUUCCUCCAGGUCUGCCCUGCUUCGCCACCUAUGAGGGCCAGGUAGUAGUUGGUGUUAAUGAUCCAGCCAAGUGCGCUGAGGUUACGUCUAAGUGGUCCGAUCCGGACUGGGUCUGCACCAGCGACUGCAAGCAAGGCGUUGUCCCGACCUACGUCAUAAAGGCUACCAAAGUCUCGGAUAUCCAGGCCGGCAUCAAGUUUGCCAAGAAAUAUAACCUUCGACUCAUCAUUAGAAAUACCGGCCACGAUUUCAUGGGCCGUUCUGUCGGUUAUGGCGCCCUCGUCAUCAACACCUGGCGAUUCAAAGACAUCACCCUCCACGAGAAAUGGUCCGGCCCGGACACCUACAGAGCCAAGGCCGUAACUGCAGGCGCCGGCGUCAUGGUUCAUGAGCUCUACGAUGCUGUUUGGGCCGCUGACCAGGACGUCCUCGCCGGGGAGUGUCCCACUGUUGGUGUGGCUGGCGGCUACGUACAGGGGGGUGGCCAGGGUCCUCUCUCUGGCAUUUACGGUCUUGCGUCGGAUAACGCACUCCAAUUCACGGCCGUGUUGGCCGAUGGGAAUCAUGUUACGGCCAACUCGAAGACGAAUCCUGACCUUUUUUGGGCUCUUAAGGGUGGUGGCCCGGGUACCUUUGCCGUGGUCACUUCCGUCACAUUCAAGACUUUCAACCGCGUUCCAGUCUCCGGCAUGGCUCUCAACAUCGUCGGCUCAGGCGACACUUUCUGGGAAGGCUGGAGGAUCUGGCACACCUACGGCCCCCAGCUCGUCAAGCACGGCAUUUACGUCUGGUACGCCGCCUCCGAGGGCUCUAUCAUCGCCCAACCCUUUGUAGCGCCCAACAUGACCAAAGCCCAGCUCGAAGCUGUCCUCCAGCCCAUGCUCGCCAACCUCGACGCCGCAAACGUCACAUACACUCGGUCCGAGGUGCAGACCUUUUCCAACUUUGGCGAGCUCUACAACGAGAUGUGGUUCACGGCCUUCCACGCCGCCAACGGCCAGGCUGGUUUCGGCGGCCGCCUCAUCUCGCUCACUGAUGCGGUCGCAAAUGGGGAUAACAUCGUUGCUGCCUUCCGAGAGGUCCUCCAAAAAUACCCAGCCGUCGGGUUCGGGGGACACCUCGUUAACCCCGGAAACCACGUUCCCGAUCCGAAUCAGGCGCUCAGUGCUGUCCACCCGACUUUUAGGAAUACGGCGGAUAUUCUAGUCUAUUUGUACUUUCUAGAGGAUUGCCUUUCUGCGGAGAGGCGCGCCGAGGUGCUCGAUGCAGUUACUAAUGACAUUGGGGGCAUCAUUAGGCGUGAGACUCCUAACAGCGCCGUGUAUAGCAAUGAGGGCGAUCCCAACGAGCCUAAUUGGCAGAAUGCGUUCUGGGGACCCGUGUACCCUAAGCUGCUUAGGAUCAAGGAGAAGUACGACUAUGAUAGAGUGUUCUGGGUCAAGUCGACCCCUGGAUCCGAGAAAUGGAAGCUUGUGAAUGAGAGGCUUUGCAAGGCGUAG